GGGAAAGCCUCUCCCAACUUCACCAUUUCAUCAGAAGGGAAUAAUCAUCUGUAUAUCUCUCAAACACUGGUUACCUUCGUCCUUCUUUGGAUCUCUACAACGCCCCGAUCAGCUUUUUUCUUCUUCUUAUUUUCAGGGUUUUAAUUUAAGAUGUUUGGAGGUAGAGCAAUCCACCGGUUGCUUAGAGAGAGACUUCAGUCACAAGCCACUUCUUCUCCAGUUUUGUCGUCUCUUAUCUCGAAGAAAGAGCAUGAAGGAGUUGGAUCUACCACCACCAAGUCCUUAAGGGCAUUGGCCCUCUUUGGGGCAGGUGUAACAGGACUGUUGAGUUUUGCAACAGUUUCAUCCUGUGAUGAGGCAGAACACGGUUUGGAUGCCCCAAGCUACCCUUGGCCUCACAAGGGCAUUCUGAGUUCAUAUGACCAUGCUUCGAUUCGUCGUGGUCACCAGGUUUACCAACAAGUCUGUGCGUCCUGCCAUUCCAUGUCCUUGGUCUCAUACCGUGACUUGGUGGGUGUUGCAUAUACAGAGGAGGAAACUAAGGCUAUGGCAGCUGAGAUUGAGGUAGUUGAUGGGCCUAAUGAUGAGGGAGAGAUGUUUACUCGUCCUGGGAAACUGAGUGAUCGUUUUCCUCAGCCGUAUUCAAAUGAACAAGCAGCUAGGUUUGCAAAUGGAGGGGCCUAUCCUCCAGAUCUAAGUCUCGUCACCAAAGCUCGUCAUAACGGUCAAAAUUACGUCUUCGCACUUCUAACUGGAUACCGUGAUCCUCCUGCUGGUGUUUCAAUUCGUGAAGGAUUGCAUUACAACCCGUACUUCCCUGGAGGUGCUAUUGCGAUGCCCAAAAUGCUUAAUGAUGGUGCUGUUGAAUACGAGGAUGGUGUCCCUGCAACGGAAGCUCAGAUGGGGAAAGAUAUUGUGUCAUUUUUAUCCUGGGCUGCGGAGCCUGAAAUGGAAGAGAGAAAACUGAUGGGAUUCAAGUGGAUACUUGUUCUAUCACUGGCACUUCUUCAAGCUGGUUACUAUAGGCGUUUGAGGUGGUCUGUCCUCAAGUCUCGCAAGCUCGUCCUUGAUGUUGUCAACUAGAUACCCCACCCCCCAUUUACAUUCUCCCCUUUCCGUUUAUGAAUUUAUUACAUUACCCUAAUAAUUGUGUCUUGUGUCAUCCAUAUACUUGCUCUCUCUCUCUUUUUUUUUUUUUAAUGUGCUGCUCUAAAGCAGCAGCAGCUGUCAUUUUCGACCUUUUUUCCCAAUUUUGCGGAAGAAUAAGGAAUUCAUUCUUCAGUUGUGAGUUGAAACAAACUAGUUAUUGCUCAUCGGUACUUUGUAUGAUGCUGCUGAUGAUGAUAUUGUUUUGGAGCUCCUCGUGAAAGCGAAAUAUUUAUUACGCUAUCUGGAUUUGUUGUUAUACAUUUCUUGAUUAGGGUUGUACAAAAUCUGUUUCGCCGGAAUUUGAAUGAAUUGAUUAUUAUCGUGAAA